GGCUUUCACACAACAUUGACUUUUAAACAGAGAAGUCACUCUUUGGAUCUGCUUACCCACUGAAAUUUACAAAUUCCUUAAAGCAAUUUUCUUUCAUCUGUAAAUUCAUUGGUCUUAGAGAUGAAGGACUAUCAGAGUCUGAUGGCAACUCUGUCUGAGAACGUGCUAAGAGUCAACAUGUUACUGAGCGUCUUCUUGGUUCUAGAUGCCUUGGCUUUUUGUGGGGAUAAAACACCAGGCCUCAUCAUCACUGCACCAAAUAACAUAGAGGCACUGAAUGGAUCUUGUUUGCAAAUCCCAUGUACCUAUAAUACAACAGACCAAACAUUUGACAACAGCAGACCUAUCUAUGGAGUUUGGAUGAAAGGUGGUUUAAAUUUUGCCUCUGAUCCAAACAUAGUUAUUUUCAAUAGCAGUAAGUCAGUCAACAUCUAUCAACUGGAAAUGAUUGGAAACCUGACAGAGAAAAACUGCACCACUCUGUUUCCUGAUUUAAACACCAGUUAUACAAACAGAUACUUCUUCAGAGCUGAGAACGGACCGGUUAAAGCAACAGCUUGUGCUGAUUCUCUUCCGAUAACAGUUAAAGAUUCUCCUUGGAGUCCCAGCAUUAACAUCUCUGGUGGUGAUCUGAAGGAGCAUCAGUCUGUCACUAUAACCUGCUCAGCUUUGACUCCCUGUCCACACUCACCUCCUGAACUCACCUGGAAUCUCCAACAAGACUCUCACAGACAAACAGAGAAAAACACAGAUGGAACCUUUACAACUAAAAUCCAGGAGAACAUCACUCUGUUAGACACACAUGAUGGAUACAACAUCAGAUGUUCUGCCAGAUAUCCUGUGAAUGGAGGAAACAAGACAGCAGAGACAGCAGUGACUCUCAGUGUUUCAUAUGCUCCUAGAAACACCUUAGCAUCCAUCAGUCCAUCAGGUUUGGUGUCUGCAGGUAGCUGGGUGGAGCUGAACUGCUCCAGCAGAGCCAAGCCUCCUGCCAGCUUCACCUGGUUCAGGAACAGCAAACAUGGAGCCAUUAAUGUAUCUGUGGGGCAGGUUUACAGCUUCAAUUUCACUGAGGGAGGAGAGUUUUACUGUGUGGCUACAAAUGAUCUGGGUAAUGAGACGUCAUCGGUGAUUCUUGAUGGUAUAAAAGCAGAUGGACUCUCUGUGCCAAUCACAGUGGGAAUAUCACUGACAAUCUUCCUUAUUGUUUGCCUAGUUGUGUCUGUUUGGUGCUUUAAGUAUAAACAUAUAACUCUACAACAGACUCAGAGUCAAACAGGUGCAGAGGCAGCUGUUCAGAUAUCAGAUGCCAACAACACAGAAGGAGAAGUCCUUUAUGGAGAAGUGAAAAUCAUUAAGAAGACACCUGAAGUUUCCUCUGUGCCAGUGCACGACAGCAAACAGCAGGAGACGAUAUACGGACAGGUCAAAGUGUCAAAAGACGCCUCAGCACAGACUGCGGACAGUCCAGAGGAUCUCUAUGCUCAAGUGAAGAAAAAAUGAAGUUGUUUCUCUUUAAAGAAUCAUUAAGUAUUAUUUUUUAGCACAAUUAGGUGAUGUCAGAAAUUAAGAGAAUCUGCUUCUUUCAUCUUGCUGAUCCUUUUUUUUAUGCAGUUUUAUUGAUUACAUAUGGGGGUUAGACAAUGAAACUGAAACACCUGGUUUUAGACCACAAUAAUUUAUUACUAUGGUGUAGGGCCUCUUUUUGCGGCCAAUGCAGUGU